AUGUCCGGCCUGAAUACUUCUCUGGCGGCGUCGUCGCAGGCGCUAUCACAGUUCUCGUUUUCCUUCUUCAUCAGAUUGCCAGCCGAACUUCAACUGGAAAUUUUAUCCCACUGCCAACAAAACGACCUCAUCUGCCUAUCCCUGUCAUCACACUCCCUCCGCGCCUUGACGCUUCCCUUGAUUCCAGCAAAGCCAUGGCUGUUAUCUUACGACCAGAUACAUCCCUCAGACGCCAUCCAGUGUAAAUGCGGCGAUGACAGCAUGACUGGUGUAGGCCAGAACAACUAUUCGCACCGCAGAAAGCGCCAUAUCUACGAGUACUCCAACAAAACCACCCCACAUGGCCCGCCUGGAUGCACAGACUGGUCACCGUGUCGCCCGUAUCCCGCCGACCAUGCGGUUUACAUGGCCGCCCUCAGACCCGCAGGAUCCCAAAUAAUCACUGGGUGGCGAGGAAAGGCCAAUCAUAUGGCAAUCGCUGGUGGCGAAGAUGGGGAACCUGCACUGUUGAUAGCUGGGGUUAUCCGGAAGGGGACAAGACGGCAGAUAUGA